AUGUGCAAUGAUAAGGUUCUGGUUGAGCAUCAGGGUGGUUCAAAUCAACAGAAUAUGGGAAUGCAGGUUGUAGUGUACAAUGGGAAUUCUAGUUUUGAUUCUCCUUGUAUAAUAACACAUGGUUGGAUAAAGCAAGCUGAUGAAAUAGAAAGAAACAGUUCUAAAAAGAGUAUUACAUUUAAAAAUGAUUGUCCAUCAUUUGAAGCUAGACUUAAUGAAUGUGCAGAUGAGAUGAAUAAUUCGAAAGGGAAUGAAGGUAAAGAUGAUGAAGUUGUUGACCAGGAAUGUCCUAAAAGGACAAAGAGAAAUGUUGAAGCUGUAGUAGGGAUUAACAUGAGAGAAAAAAGAGAAAUGAAGCAUGGACCUUCAUUGAAGUCACAUUUUGUACAAAGAGUUGUUGACUUGAAAGAUGCAGUUGAGCAAAAAGAAAUUCUGGUUGCACAAGCAAUUAUUGGAUUAGGAAUGGAUAAAAGGGAGCUCGUAUGGGAAUUAAAAGAAGGGUUUGGAAUGCAUAUAGAGUAUGCUAGAGCUAUUGCAGGCAAAGUGAAUAUUCAUUCAAAUGUAAUAGACUGUUUGAGUGUUCUACUAAACAAAUUAGAAGAAAGCAAGUCAGAGUCAUCAUAUUCUAGACUUUAUUUUACAACAGGCACACUACGUGAGUCAAUGUAUGACGAAAGUGUGAACGAAGAUAUAAGAUACAAGGAGCUUGAAAUUAUGGUUUCCUCAUCAAUUGAAGAUCUUACCACUGAUUCUGAGCUAAAAAAUGUGGAUUUGUGUCAAGCAUACAACCGUUCAGAUGAUGGUGGAAUCUACCUUAUGAGACAUAUGGAGAGUUUUAUGGGGAAUCAAACAUCAAAGUGGGAUUGUGGGCUAGCUGUGGAUUUGAAAAUACAAGAUAUGUAUUUACAAAAGUUAAGGUACAAGUAUUUGGUGAGGUUGCUUUUGUCUGAUCAUAAUAUUUUGAAGUGUGAAUUUGAAAAGGAGUAUGCAAAGUUUGUUAAGAUGGAUAAGGCAACAAGGAAGAAAAUAGUUCAAGGGAAUCUGAAAGUAGUCUUUGAUGAAGCAAUUGGUUAA